UUCAGGCAAAAAAGUUGUGUUACUUGGUCGUCAUUGUACUCUCAUUUAUGAACCUAUGCUUUGCAUUUCAAAUAGAAUUCGAUGAUGAUGAUUAUGAUUAUAAAGAUGAUUAUACUUUAAACAAAUCCCAGGGCUCAGAUGAACACAGAAUACAGAAAAGGCCGACAGUGCUCUUAAACAGAUUGAUGUAUGCGCUUCAAAAUGCUAUUCAAUCCCCCGAGGAAAUGAUAAAUAGGCAACACCAAGAGCUACAACGGAGAGGAUAUCCAAAGCAUUACUGGAACUGCUACUUCAACGCUGUAUCUUGCUUCAAACGGAAACGACAGGCUUCUUUUUCAGUAAAUUCUUAACUCGGGAGCUGAUAACGACCACAGGAUAAGGAAACUGCAAGUUCGAUUUCAUUCUUUUCUGUCCCCGUCAUAAUGGAACUUUCUUGUUAAAAACCUUUUUAAACUUCAUUCUUAAUUAAUAAACAUUAUUGGAUUAAUGUAUUUUAAU